GUGAAAGCCAGAGUCGAGAGUGUCUUGCCGACUGCGAAGCGACUCAUGCAGAUUGCAGGCACGCCGGGAGCAGCGAUUGCCAUAAUUCACAAUGGCAAGCACAUCCACAGCGAAUACAUCGGUUACCGUGACCAAGAGCUCAAGCUGCCGGUAACUGACGCGACCAUCUUCCCCUGUGCGUCUUUGACCAAGGCUGUUGUUUCUGCCGCCAUGGCCAUCUGCGUCGAAGACGGAAAGCUUGGAUGGGACACUCCAAUCAAGGAUAUUCUUCCCGGUUUUAGCACGAAAAGCGACAUCUUACGCAACCAUAUGACAGCUGUGGAUUGCCUCUCCCAUCGAGCUGGGAUGCAAAGCUCUUUAUAUUGGCUGGGCAGCAUGAACAACGUGCUCAUCUCCAAGGAAAACAGCAUGAACUUGAUCAACGACCUGAAGCAAGUAAAGCCGUUUCGAAACGGCUAUCUAUACAACAACCUAGGAUACGAAAUCGCCUCACAUGUGCUAGAGCAGCACUGGACGACGCUUCAAGAUCUGGUCAAACUCUACACAGCAUUCAUCGAGUCCGGCGAACAUCAAUUCGAGAACCACACUACAUCCACCCCAGGCUCUCCCUUGAAGCAGGUUCCGUUUCUCUUCUCGCCCCAGAUAAGUAUGAAUCCGAUCUCUCGCCGCGAGACUUCCUAUGCCCUUGGGUGGGCUCGAGUCCAAACUCCAGGGCCUAUGGGUGCUAUAGGUCUCAAUCCUGAUCUCCUGAAGCCCAAACCAGUCCCGGAAGUCGCGCGUGGUCAUCCAUCUGAGCUGAUCCUCUAUCACCAAGGCAUGAUGCCAGGGAACUUGGCAGCUGUCAACCUCGUUCCUUCUACCAAAGGCGCAGUUAUCGUACUCACAAAUUCUCUGGCGCUCAACGACACUGCAGACUGGCUUGGUCAGCUAUACCUAGAGGCCUAUCUCGGUGUGGCUGAUAGGAACGACUACGUCGCUUUGUCAGAAGAGACAGCGAAAGCCACCCUCAGCUGGUAUCCCAAUGUCUUGACCGAACUUGAGAAAGAUCGGAUCCCAGGGCCUGUGCCACGAAAUCUGUCCGAGUAUACUGGUAGAUAUUCUAACGAGGCCGGAACUAUGAUGAUCGAGAUCUUCCUCGACAGUGGCAGCGAACCUGCCCUUAAACUCGCAUUUCAAGGCCUCCAGUCCGAGAUAUACCCAUUGACGCAUUGUCAUCACGAUGUAUUCACUUGGCUGGUAACAAGGAAUGAGUUUGCUCGACGAGGACGCUUU